AGGAAUCAGUCGCAUUCUGAAUCCAUCGGACGUUGACGAAAAUAAUUCUAAAUCGCAGUGCUUAAAGCAAUACGGAUAUACUGAAAAAGUUCUUCAUUUUGUGCUUACAGUGAAAACAGUUAAACUACAAAAAAAAAACAUCGAGUCACGCAAAACAAAAAGAAAAACAUCAGAGUUUUACUGUGCUAAUUAAACUGUGUUAAACCAAUCAGCAAGUGCAAGUGAAAUAAUAAAAAAGCAAAGUCAAAAACUAAUAAACAAAUACUAUUACAACAAGUACUGAACAGCAAAAGCGAAAAGUUUAAGCAAGUGCAACGGUAAUUGCGUAUAAUGGCACCAAUAAUCACUGACAAUUGCGAAUUUGAAUGUGCAACAAGUGUUGAUAGCAGCAUCAACAACAGCAACGAUAAUACUAACUUUGAAAACGAUAUCGAUAUCGAUAACUUUGCCAGCAACGCACAGUCAUCGAAUGUGUCCAAUUUGAGCGAAGUGCAGCAAGCUGAUGUUGAUGACCACGAUGGAGAGGAGCAGCAGCAGCAGCAGCAGAUGCCAUGGGAGGCACCUGGCAAACAGGGACUCUACGAUCCCCAGAACGAGCAUGAGGCAUGCGGCGUUGGCUUCAUUGUGGCCAUCGAUGGCAAACGCUCUCACAAGAUUCUACGUGAUGCCCAGACCCUGUCAGAACGGAUGAAUCAUCGAGGCGCUUGCGCCUGUGACAAUGACACUGGCGAUGGCGCUGGUGUCUUGGCUUCCAUUCCGCACGGACUCUAUGCCAAGGCUCUCGCCGAGCAGGGUAUAACCUUGCCGGAGUUGGGUAACUAUGCCACGGGCAUUUUCUACUUGGACGUGGCUCAGCACUCCUCCGCCGAGGCGGAGUUCAAUGUGCUGGCCAAGAGUCUGGGCCUGACUGUCCUGACAUGGCGCACAGUGCCAUCGAAUCAGCAGGCGAUUGGCGUCGUUGCACGCAAAUCGGAGCCACUGUCGCGUCAGGUGUUUGUGCUACGCCCCGAGGAACUCGAUGAGAAGGCUUUCGAACGUCAGGUGUUUGUGCUGCGCAAGCGGGCAAGUCACGAGCUAACCAAGCCGGGUAGACGCUUCUAUAUCUGCUCGUUGUCGGAUCGCACGGUUGUGUACAAGGGUCUGUUCACCUCCGAUCAGCUGUGGGACUACUAUACGGAUCUGAAGAAUCCACAGUUUGAAACCUACAUGGCAUUGGUGCACACUCGCUUCUCGACGAACACCUUUCCCAGCUGGGAGAGGGCUCAUCCUCUGCGUGUGCUGGCCCACAAUGGCGAGAUUAAUACGCUGCGUGGCAAUGUGAAUCUGAUGAAGGCUCGCGAGGGCGUCAUGCAGUCCGAACUCUUUGGCGAUCAACUCAAGAAACUCUACCCGGUGGUCGAGCCCAAUCUCUCCGAUUCCGGUUCGUUCGAUUGUGUGCUGGAGUUCAUCACGAUGGCUAGCGAUCGAUCGCUGCCCGAAUCCGUGAUGACCAUGGUGCCAGAGGCUUGGCAGAAUGAUCGCACCAUGCCCCAGGAGAAGCGGGACUUUUAUCAAUGGGCCGCUUGUGUAAUGGAGCCCUGGGAUGGUCCUGCUCUGAUCAGUUUCACCGAUGGACGUUACAUCGGUGCUGUCCUCGAUAGGAAUGGCUUGCGUCCGUCACGUUUCUAUGUGACCAAGGAAAAUGUGCUGGUCAUGGCCUCUGAGGUAGGUGUCUAUGAUGUGGAUCCCUCACAGGUGACGCUCAAGAGUCGCCUCAAGCCUGGCCGCAUGUUGCUCGUCGACACCAAGGAGCAGAAGCUCAUUCAGGACAUUGAACUGAAGGCGCAGAUCGCCAAGUCGCGUCCCCAUUCCGACUGGCUUCAGCAGAAGAUCACUCUGGAUGAAAUCCGUAAUGCCAACGUACUCAACACUCCCGAAGAGGAGCCGCCAAAGGCACCUGCCUCGCAGCGCGGCAUCUUUGAUCCACGUCUCUCGCUCUUUGGCUACACCACGGAGACGGUCAACAUGCUUCUCAUACCGAUGUUUAAGAACAAAAAGGAGGCCCUCGGCUCGAUGGGCAACGAUGCACCGCUGGCCUGUCUGUCCACAUUCCAGCCCAUUCCCUAUGAGUACUUCAAGCAGCUGUUCGCCCAAGUGACGAACCCACCAAUCGAUCCAUUCCGUGAGAAGGUUGUCAUGUCCAUGCAAUGCCCCCUCGGCCCAGAGGCAAACCUGUUGCAGCCAUCGGCCCAGCAGGUGCAUCGCAUUUGGCUCUCCAAUCCCAUACUGAGCAUUCCAGAUACCCAGCUGCUCAAGCGCAACACGCAUCGCGGCUGGAAGACCAAGGUGCUGGACAUUACAUUCCAGUACAGCGAUGGCUAUCGUGGCUAUCUCGACUGCAUCGAUCGCAUCUGUCGCGAGGGCUCCCAGGCCGCUCAGGCUGGCUAUCAGCUGCUCGUAAUUUCGGAUCGUGCCGCGGGCACCAAUGAACGUUGCGCUGUCUCUGCACUGCUGGCUUUGGGUGCACUGCAUCAUCAUUUGAUUGAGACGCUGCAGCGCAUGAAGGUCGGCAUCAUUGUGGAGACGGCCGAGGCACGUGAAGUACAUCACGUUUGUGUCCUGCUCGGCUACGGUGCCGACGCAAUUUGUCCCUAUUUGGCCUUCGAAUUGGCCCAGGCGCUGCGUGAUGAUGGCGUCAUUGGUGGCGAGGUGACCAACAAGCAGAUCUACAAUGCCUACGCCCAGGCCAUUGAUACGGGCAUUGCCAAAGUCAUGGCCAAGAUGGGCAUCAGCACGCUGCAGUCGUACAAGAGUGCCCAGAUCUUUGAGGCUGUUGGCCUGGGCAACGAAUUGAUUGACAAGUGCUUCCGCGGCACCCAGAGUCGCAUUGGCGGCGUUACUCUUGAGAUUUUGGCCAAGGAAGGCUUGGAACGUUUCCAGCUCACCUAUGGCAAAGUGUCGCCAGACACACGCAUCUUGCGCAAUCCCGGACAGUAUCACUGGCGUCAUGGCGGCGAGGCGCAUAUCAAUGAGCCCUCUUCCAUUGGCAGUCUGCAGGAGGCGGCCGUGAACAAGAACCUCGGCGCUUUCGAGGCUUUCAAGAAGACUACACUGGACAGCGUGAAGAAGUGUGCGCUGCGUGGUCAACUUGAAUUUGUCACGGAUCGUCAAAAGAUCGAUUUGUCCGAGGUGGAACCGGCUAGCGAAAUUGUUAAGCGUUUCGCUACUGGCGCCAUGAGCUUUGGCAGUAUUUCUCUGGAGGCGCAUCAGACGCUCUCCAUCACUAUGAAUCGCAUUGGCGGCAAGAGCAACACUGGCGAGGGCGGUGAGGACUCUGAUCGUUAUCUGAAUCAAGAUCCCAACAACAGCCGUCGUUCGGCCAUCAAACAGGUGGCUUCGGGUCGCUUUGGCGUCACCGCCUCCUAUCUGGCCAACGCUGACGAUCUGCAGAUCAAGAUGGCCCAGGGCGCCAAGCCUGGAGAGGGUGGUGAGCUGCCUGGUUACAAGGUGACCAAGGACAUUGCCAAAACACGUAAAUCAGUGCCCGGAGUCGGUUUGAUUUCGCCACCACCCCAUCACGAUAUCUACUCCAUUGAGGAUUUGGCCGAGCUGAUCUACGAUCUGAAGUGCUCCAAUCCCAAUGCACGCAUUAGCGUCAAGCUCGUCUCUGAAGUGGGCGUUGGUGUAGUUGCCUCCGGCGUUGCCAAGGGCAAAGCCGAGCACAUUGUCAUCUCUGGGCACGAUGGCGGCACUGGCGCCAGCUCCUGGACGGGCAUUAAGAACGCCGGUUUGCCAUGGGAAUUGGGAGUUGCUGAGACGCAUCAAGUGUUGGUGUUGAAUAAUCUACGCUCGAGAGUGAUCGUUCAGGCGGAUGGACAGCUGCGCACGGGCUUCGAUGUCGUUGUGGCUGCUUUGCUGGGCGCUGACGAAUUUGGCUUCAGCACAGCUCCAUUGAUUGUCAUGGGCUGCACCAUGAUGCGCAAGUGUCAUCUGAACACCUGUCCAGUGGGCAUUGCUACACAGGAUCCGGUGCUGCGCAAGAAGUUCACUGGCAAACCUGAACAUGUCAUCAAUUUCUUCUUCAUGUUGGCCGAGGAUAUCCGUCAAAUCAUGGCCAACCUGGGCAUUCGCAAGUUCCAGGACCUGAUUGGACGUACCGAUCUGCUGAAGAUUGCCAGCCAACGCGAGGCCAAGGCCAGCAAUUUGGACCUCAAGUUGCUGCUGCAACCGGCUCUCGAGCUGCGUCCUGGCACCAAUAUUGUGGGUGGCUCUGUCAAGCAGGACUUCCAGCUGGAGAAGCGUGCUGACAACAAGCUAAUUGCUCAGGCUCAGCGCAUCUUUAGCGGCGCCGAGGACAACAUCGCUAUCCAGAUGACCAUCCAUAACGAAGAGCGCGCCUUCGGCUCCACGCUCAGCUAUCACAUUGCCUGCAAAUAUGGCGAGGCAGGUUUGCCUCAGGGCAAAAACAUUGACAUCUCGUUGGAGGGUUCGGCUGGCCAGAGUUUCUGCGCUUUCCUCGCUCGUGGCGUAAACGUGACGCUCAAGGGUGAUGCCAACGAUUAUGUGGGCAAGGGUCUGUGUGGUGGCAAUGUGGUCAUCACACCGCAGGACACAGCUCCCUUCGAGUCGCACCUCAACGUUAUUGUGGGUAAUGUGUGCCUCUAUGGCGCCACCGAGGGAACCGCCUUUUUCCGUGGCAUUGCCGCCGAGCGUUUCUGUGUGCGCAACUCCGGUGUCACCGCUGUCGUCGAGGGUGUGGGCGAUCAUGGUUGCGAGUACAUGACUGGCGGCUUGGUUGUCAUCCUGGGCUUGACUGGACGCAAUUUCGCGGCUGGCAUGUCCGGUGGCAUUGCCUAUGUCUAUGACAUUGACGGUUCGUUCAAGCCCAAGGUGAAUCCGGAGUCGGUGGAGCUGCUGCCAUUGCAGCUGCCGGAGGAUGUUGCUGUUGUAAAGCAACUACUUGGCGAUUUCAUUGCCAAGACCGACUCGAAGGUGGCCAAGGAACUGUUGGCCAACUGGGCGCAGGCACAGGGCAAGUUCGUCAAGGUCUUCCCCUACGAAUACCAGAAGGCGCUCAAGGAUUUGGCCGAGCAGCAGGAGGUGGAGCAGCCCGUUAAGGUUGCCGCCAUUGAGAAUGGCAACGGCAAGCACGAGCCGCAUAUCAAGGACAUCGAGGAGGCCAUCCAGGAUGUUGCCCUCGAGCAGAAGCGUGCCGAUCGUGUGCUCGACAAGACACGUGGCUUUGUCAAAUACAAGCGUGAGGCGGCCCCCUACCGCGAUGCCGGCGAGCGUCAGCAGGACUGGAACGAAGUGUACAACUUCCCGCAUGUGCGCAAGAACCUCAAGGUGCAAGCGGCCCGCUGCAUGGAGUGCGGUGUUCCCUUCUGUCAGUCCAACUCCACGGGCUGCCCACUGGGCAACAUCAUUCCCAAGUGGAACGAUCUCGUCUUCCACGGCGAGUGGCAAGAGGCACUGCGUCAGCUGUUGCAGACCAACAAUUUCCCCGAGUUCACGGGACGCGUCUGUCCCGCUCCCUGUGAGGGCUCUUGUGUGCUUGGCAUCUCGGAGCCGGCAGUGACCAUUAAGAACAUCGAAUGCGCCAUCAUCGAUCAUGCUUUCGAGCAGGGUUGGAUCAAACCCGAGAUACCCGAGACCCGCACCGGCAAACGUGUCGCUAUUGUUGGCUCUGGUCCCUCGGGACUGGCAGCUGCCCAGCAGUUGAAUCGUGCUGGACACUUUGUGACGGUCUUUGAGCGCAAUGAUCGCGUGGGUGGUCUGCUGCAGUAUGGCAUUCCCACUAUGAAGCUGUCCAAGGAUGUGGUCAAGCGACGUGUGGAUCUCAUGGCCGACGAGGGCAUCGAGUUCCGCACCAAUGUGCACAUUGGCAAGGACACCAGUGCCGAGAAGCUGGUCGAAGGUUUCGAUGCCGUUCUGCUGACCACAGGCUCCACAUGGCCACGUGAUUUACCGUUGGCCAAUCGCGAUCUGCAGGGCAUUCACUUUGCCAUGGAGUUCCUUGAGGCACAGCAGAAGAAGCAACUGGGCGGCAAAAAGGAAAUUAUUUCCGCUGAAGGCAAGGAUGUCAUCAUCAUUGGUGGCGGCGACACCGGUUGCGAUUGCAUUGCCACAUCGUUGCGUCAGGGUGCCAAGAGCAUCACAACCUUUGAGAUCUUGCCAGAGCCACCACUAAAGCGUGCCGAUGACAACCCAUGGCCACAAUGGCCCAAGGUGUUCCGUGUGGACUAUGGUCAUGAGGAGGUGCGUCUCAAGUGGGGCAAGGAUCCACGACAAUACUGCACCACCACCAAAGAGUUUGUGGGCGAGAAUGGUCACAUCAAGGGCGUCAAUACCGUUGAGGUUGAAUGGACCAAGACGGAGACUGGACAAUGGCGCAUGCAGGAAGUUGCGGGAUCGGAGAAAUACUUUGCUGCUGAUCUGAUACUGCUUGCCAUGGGCUUCUUGGGACCGGAGAAGACGGUGCCCCAAGAGCUGGGACUAGAGCUCGAUCCUCGUGGCAACAUCAAGGCCUGCAAUGGACAGUAUGGCACCUCAAAUAGCAAGGUCUUUGCAGCGGGCGAUUGCCGGCGUGGCCAAUCGCUGGUCGUUUGGGCCAUCACCGAGGGUCGCCAGGCAGCACGUCAAGUGGAUUCCUAUCUGACCGGCCAUCCCAGCGGUCUGCCAGGACCUGGAGGCGUUAUUGAUCCCUCUGGAAACAGGGCUUAAGUACCUGACAAGAUGAUAAUGGUUGGAUGUGGGGAGUCUGUCUGUGUGCGUGCGUUGUCGUCCUUAGCAUAUAGCGAAAUUCAUGUGUUUUCUCGCUCGGAAAACCAAUUUGCAAUUUGUGAUUCUUAUUUUCCCGAUUUUAGAUUAGUUAACACUAAACACUAAAAAAAAGACUUGAGUUUUUUACACUAUUAAACA